AUGCAUUCCAAAGACAACCGAGACCCCACAAAUGCCUUUCUUCUAUUUCAGCUGCUGCACCCAGAGGGUAUAUGCUCCGAACAACGAGAAAAAAUCGAAAAGCUCGAGAAGAUCAUUCAUGAGAAUGAGUCCACCAUUGCCGCGAAGGACGGCGAGAUUCAGAAGCUCGAAACUCAGAAGGAUCAGCACAGUGUCGGCCAUGGCAAGCAUCAAGGGCUCCGGAAGAAAAAUGAACAGCUCGACCUUGAGGUGUCCAGUCUCAAACGCGAGCUCAAGCUCUAUGAAGAUUUGGAGAAGAAGCGGGAGAGGGAGGCAAAGAAAGUCGAGGAAGAGAGAAAGCAGCUGCAAGCUUGCAGAUCUCGGACUGAGCAGCUCGAGCGUCAGGUCCUUCACCUUUCAGAACCCACCAAAGGCAGCCGUGCCAUUGCGCUCCGUAGACACAGGAACAACAGGAGGUGA